GGGUGGGCAGCCCGGCCUCCCCCUCGUGUCGCCCCGGUUCCCCGUGCCUCCGCUGCCGCCCGCCCGCACCCAAGAUGCUGUUUUGGCACACGCAGCCGGAGCACUACAACCAGCACUCCACCGGCAGCUACCUGCGAGAUGUCCUUGCGCUGCCGAUCUUCAAGCAGGAGGAACCGCAGCUAUCUCCUGAGAAUGAUGCCAAGCUGCCACCCUUUCAGUAUGUCCUCUGCACAGCCACAUCACCUGCUGUGAAACUGCAUGAGGAAACCCUGACCUAUCUCAACCAAGGUCAGUCUUAUGAAAUCCGUCUACUUGAGAAUAGGAAAUUGGGAGAGUUUCAAGAUUUAAACACAAAAUAUGUAAAGAGCAUAAUUCGUGUAGUUUUCCACGAUCGACGCCUGCAGUACACAGAGCAUCAGCAGCUGGAGGGCUGGAGGUGGAGUCGGCCAGGGGAUCGCAUCCUUGAUAUAGAUAUUCCGCUGUCAGUCGGUAUCUUGGAUCCCAGAGCCAGCCCAACCCAAUUGAACACUGUUGAAUUUCUGUGGGAUCCAUCAAAGAGAGCCUCAGCAUUUAUUCAGGUACAUUGCAUCAGCACAGAAUUUACCCCACGGAAACAUGGAGGAGAGAAAGGAGUGCCCUUCCGUGUGCAAAUCGAUACCUUUAAGCAGAAUGAAAAUGGUGAAUACACAGAACACUUGCAUUCUGCAAGCUGCCAGAUCAAAGUGUUCAAGCCUAAAGGAGCAGACAGAAAACAGAAGACUGACAGGGAAAAAAUGGAGAAGAAGACCACCCAAGAGAAGGAGAAGUAUCAGCCUUCCUAUGAGACGACUAUUCUCACAGAGUGCUCUCCCUGGCCAGAUGUGCCUUAUCAAAUGAACAAUGCUUCAUCUCCAAGCUACAACAGUUCUCCCAACAGCUUUAACCUUGGAGAUGGCAACAGUUCUCCAACCCACCAAGUGGAGCUCCUGCCUCCCAGCAAUGAUCACCUCCUUCCUUCUGCUUCUAUUCAAGAUGCCCAGCAGUGGCUUCAUCGUAAUAGGUUCUCUCCAUUCUGUAGACUCUUCUCAAGUUUUUCGGGUGCUGACUUACUGAAGAUGUCCAAAGAAGAUUUUGUUCAAAUCUGUGGGCCUGCUGAUGGAAUUCGGCUCUUUAAUGCAAUCAAAGGAAGAAAUGUAAGGCCCAAGAUGACAAUUUAUGUCUGUCAAGAGCCAGAGCAAAGCAGGUCCCAUCUCCACCAAAAACGAGAAAAUGGAGAUGGCAGUCUUUGUGUGUAUCAUGCAAUCUUCUUGGAAGAAUUGACCACGCUGGAGUUAAUGGAGAAGAUUGCAAACUUGUACAGCAUUUCUCCACAGCAGAUAAAUCGAAUCUAUCGGCAGGGACCCACAGGAAUCCAUGUAUUAGUGAGCAACGAAAUGGUACAAAACUUCCAAGAUGAAUCUUGUUUUGUUAUCAGCACAUUAAAAGCUGAAAGCAAUGAUGGCUACCACAUCAUUUUAAAAUGACCGUGCUGCACAAGAAAGACUUUAACAGCCUUAAAAUUUAGUGCCUCACUGAGAUUGCUACAACCUAGACUGGAAACGUGAAGAACCUUCUGGAUAAAAUGCUCCUAUGAACUAAGAAUUACCAAACAGCUUAAGGAAAAGUUGCUUUUACAGAUAUACAUUUUCUGGUGGUGUGAUUUUGUUGGGUUUUUUCUCUUUUUUUAGAGGGGGGGAGGAGAGGGGUUGUUUAUUUGGAGCUGAGAACAUCCUCAGAGCUCUCAUACAUGUUUCUUCCUCCCUCCCUUCCUCUUCAGUCUUAAAAAUUGUCAAGGUUUCUACUUCUUACUUAGAAACAUCUGCCUUGUACUAAAGGGAAAUGAAAGAUAAACAAAAAAACAAUUCUCUAGACCCACCAUGGCUGGAUGAAUUGAUUUAUUUACUGUUCUGAGUGCUCUCUUGCUUUCAACACACACCCUGUUGCUGAUGGAUGUAGGCUCUCUGGGGCUCCUCUUUUACUCUUUGAGGUGGAAGACUUGAGGCUACACCCUAAAACAGAUUGGGCAAUGCAGAGAUUUGGUGCCCAGAUUUGAUGCCCAGUCCUCACCCAAAGUGUCAACCCUAAAAAGCCUGCUCUUGGCUCCUCUCCACCUGUAGAUGUGCUCAAAGUCCUGAGACCUUGGUCUCUUCUGACAGAGCUUCUGUAAUACCCAUGCAGAGUUCAAGGGAGGACAGACAACCUGAGGCUGGCAGUUCACUGCCAUAUUGUAGCUUUAGCUUUGGAAUAGUCUCCUUGCAUGGAGUAUAUAAAGGCUUUCUGAGGAUAUAUUUUGGACGUUGAAGGUUGUAGAGCUCAUGACAUUCACAUCAUACUCUACAAAGCAUUGAUUAAUUUCUAUCUUUACUAUAACUGGGUUUUAUAGUCUUGAAUGAUUUUUUUCCCCCUCUUGUUACUAAGUAAAACUGAGUUUUGAUUGAGUCCAGGUAACAGAUCAUCUUAGUUGCUGUUUCUAUAUUCUUCUUGCUUUACUCUUGACUCUUGUUUCAAACAUUUGCAACUAUGGUCAACUCCACCCUCCCUUGGUCUUUUAGGACUCCAUCCAGACUCAACUAAGCUGAAAAAGUGUCUUCCACUGAUGUCAAAGGCAAACUGUGUCACACCCUUCUUGCGUGAAUGGAGUAAUUUAGCUUUUGGCAGCUGAUUAGUAAGGCUGUUUCCCAAACUGAAUGCCCAUAUAGCAUGAAAUUCUGAUACCUGAACGUUUGAUUUCAUUCUGAAUUGAGAUGGAAAGCUGAAAUACCCCACAUUUUCCUGGAAGUUUUUUUAAAAAAGAGAACUUGUUGACUGGAAAACACUGAAUAAAAUGUUCUAGCCUUUUGAAAUGGAAAUGUUUAAUUAAAUCCAUUUGGCCCUUAAAGCAGAAUCAGUUUGAGCUACUGUUGCAGACCUCAGAAAUUACCAUCCAAGUGCCUUGUGUGCUUGUGUCUCCCUUGAGACCGAGCUCUUUGGAUGGGUUACAGAUCCCAUGAUGCUUUUCCCAUGGAUUAGUCAAAGGGGGAAUGCGUCAUGAAGGCUGGAGGGGUGCCCAGGAGCCCAGCCUUCUGGGAAAGAGGGGGACAUGGAGCCUGUGAAUUACAGCUCCCAUCUGACACCAGAGGAAUUCGGACAGACACGGACUGAUAUUUGUCUGACAAAAAUGUUAUGUUUCAAGUUUUCCCAACAGAAAUAGCAAAAUACUGAGGAAAACAACAAACCAACCUUUUUUUUCAUUUAAAGCAUCAGGUUUUGAGCAAAAAAGCCUACCCAUCCCCACCAAUUUACUAGAAUAAGAAAGUGGUGUUACAAUGCCUUUAGCCAGCUCAGAUAGUUGAGUAACUGUCUGCUUAGGCACCAUCUUGCUCAAGUGGCUGUUCUGCAUACUCCAUGGAUUAGUGCUCCUCCAGAAGGGAUGCCCAGGCUUUGGGACAUGGUGGUGGUUCUCCCUGAACUGAAGUAGCUCUAGAUGCUUCUUGGUCGAGCACCAGACUGCAUAGGUGAGGAGGUUGUAAGUGGUGUCUUGACAGAAAGAGGAGGUCAGAUGGAGAGGCCAGGGGAAGCUUUGAGAGAAGAAAUGCCUUCAUGGAGGAUGGCAAACACCAUCUUUUUGAGAGGAAAGUGUGAUGCAUGUCAAGGUUGACACUGCCAUGUUAUCCGUGUCACCUCCCUGGCUUUGCAGCCUGCUCUGCACUGCUGUGCAUGUGGAACUGGGGAUCCCCUGGCCCUAGGUUCUCAGACAUCCAGGUUGUGGCCACAAGUUACAGCUGCCUUUGAAAACAGGACAUCAAUUCCAGCUGUUUCUUUGAACAGCUGGGACCAGCAUGCCCCUGUGUACUGGCAGCUGUUUGGUUUCUUUUGUGGAAGGUGCUUUGGAAGAUGUAUGCUGGCUAUGCUUUUUCAUCCUGUUUUGUAAUACUGGCCCAAUAUAUGGCAUGGUUGUUAAUGAUAUGCAACUCGGGAAGGUGAAUCUGACCUGAUGAAGGGGGUUUAAAUAAAAACCUUAGAGUUGCUAUGAGUGUAGCUGUUACUGUAGCCACUUAGAUUUGUAAUUCAGGGGACAGCAAUACUGAAACAGAGCAGUGUGAAGAAAACAUAGAGGUAGUGUUGCUCCCAGACUUUGGGACCGAGAACCAUUUGCUUAUUUAAACAAAAAUAUGUUCUUGAUGACUUUAAAAACAAAUUUUGCCUAUAAGGUAUUAGAUGAAAAAGUCCUCAUAAUCAUAGAAUCACAGAAUGGUAGGGGUUGGAAGGGACUUUUAGACAUCAUCAGUCCAACCCCCUGCAGAAGCAGGUUCAUCUAGGUCAGGUCGCAUAGGAAUGUGUCCAGGCAAAUCGUGUUUCAGUAGCAUUGGACUGAUUAAUUUUGAACAGAAAAUAACUCUGUUAGGGCCUUGUUAGACUUAGAUUUUUAAAAAUAAAACAAUUUUACACUGAUAGAGGGGUGAAUUUGACAAUAUAUCUUGUUCCACUUUCCAUGCUGUCAGAAGGUAUACCAGAGCUAACAAUCUCAUGGAUUAUGAAUGUCCUACUGUGUGGGCCCUACUAUUUUAUCUGUGUUGGCCUGUUUGUAAAGCAUUACAACCUCAAUGUGUGAUUAAGGCCUAUACUUAGUUAACAGAGUGGUUCUAAUCCAUAUUGAACCUUUGUAGUCCCAGCAGAAGUUUGGGAGUAUUGUCAUCAGGUAACAUACAUGCCCAUGAAGACAUGGGACAGGUAGUUUGGUGUCUAGGAGAAUGUCAGGUGUCUUCAGCUUAGAACCACAGAGUAUCUCGAGUUGCAUGAGACCUAGAAGAUCAUUGAAUCCAACUCCCUGUACCUCACAAGACUGCCUAAAACUAACCCAUGUGACCAAGAGCACCAUCCCAGUGCUUCUUGAACUCUGACAGGCUUGGUGCCGUGACCGCUUCUCUGGGGAGCCUGUUCCAUGACUGACCACCCUCUGCAUGGAGAGCCUUUUCCUAAUGCCCAGCCUGAACUUGCCCUGGUGCAGCUUCAUUCUAUUCCCUUGUACCUUAUCACUGAUCACCAGAGAGAGGAGAUCAGUGCCUCCCAGUCUGCUGCCCUCCCCCAAGGAAGGUGUAGACUGUGAUGCAUCUGAGGGUGUUAGGAAAGCAGGUUACAUCCUUUGCCUUUGUUGCAUGAUGCUGUGUAACCAACUGGUUGUUGUACGUUAGCAAAGGGGCCAUGAGCGUUCAUGGCUGAAUUGCCAGUGCAAGUGGUCAGAGCAAUGUUGGUGUGAGAUUAGACUGUCAAUGAACCUUCCCCUCUGCCUCCCAAAAACAUAAAAACAAACCCUUGCCCUGUUGAAGUUGGUGAGUUUGUCCAUGUGAGAACCAAGCAAAGCCUUCAGGGUUUUAGUGGCUUGUGUUAGGAGAGAAAAUUGUCUGAUGUGUGAAAGUGGCAGGUGAUCUUAGACUCUCCCUGUGGCUACAGAGGGCCAGUUGCCCCUGGAGAGACUUAUUUGCCCAGUUUGGGGCUGUGACAGCCUCCAGAAAGAAGCUUUUGUUUCCUCAAGACUGCAGGAAGCACAAAAGAUUAAUCUGGCCAGGUUACCUAAGUUCCAGAUAGGUUAAAGGUAAGGGAGAAGAGUAGCUCCCUCUCAUUGAAGUAUCCAAAAGGGUUUUGUGUUAACUUAGCUCUUAAGUGCCUGUUACUUUGUUGUUGUUGUUGCUGCUCCUGUUUCUUUUCUUUUUUUGUAAAGUAUCAGAUGAAACCUUCUGCUCAAAGUGAUUUAAAUGUGACUUCUUUUCUUUCAUUUUUAUAUGUGACAUUUGUACAGCAGAUCUUUGUAAGGUCUGGAUUUUUGGAUUACAAUGACUAGUUUAGUAUCCCCCAACUGUCCAGCUCUUAGGUUUUGUGUAUGGUAACAGCCAGUACGAGUAGAAGUGGGCUUGCCUGGGGAUGAAAAGGCAGAACUGUUACAUGAGUAAAACAAAUAUGACUCCAGCUGAUGGUUUAUACUGCAAAGUAUAAACCUGGGGUUUGCAUUGGAUCCAUACUGGCAGUUUGAAAUCAUUUCAUAAGUUGUGGCUUUUUCUCUGACAAUUGACUAGAUUGAUACAGAUCAGUUAGAAGAACUCUGGUGAUGGUCUGAGAACUCACAGAACCGCCCAUGAUACACAACUGCAGAGCAGGGAAGGGGCAAAACAUCUGGUGACAGAAGUUUAUUCCAUCUGCCUGAGGUGGUAGGACUGGUGGUGUUAAAAUGAAAGCUCCUGUUUGUUCAGCUGGCCCUGCUUGGUUAAUUGGCCAAAAUAGAUAUAAUUGAAUCUGGAAAAUACUGAAGUUCUCAUUGUCUUGGUGUGAAAUUUAAUGGGCUGAAAUUUCAAGACUUGGAGGUGGUUAAAGGAUUCUUGCAGUUGAGAAGUCCUGAAUGGCACUCUCCUUAUGUAACAUAUACAUAUUUAUGCAUAUAUAUAUAUACACACAUACAUACUGUUCUGUAUCAACACAUAUAUGUGCUGAGUACUUGUGUUCUUUGGCUUCAACUGGUACUCUGCUUUGUUUAAUUACAGUUCAAUGUAAAAGACUCUGGUUGAUCAAGCUUUGAAAUCCAGUCAUUCACUGGGUAGAAAUCUAAGAGUCCACAACACUAGAUUGGACAUGGCACACUUGCAGUGAUAUAAAUGUGGUGAAUUUCUGCAAUAUAAAUCCCAGGCCUUGGUGAAGAAAAGCAUAUUCUUGCACUAACACUGCAGUUCUAUAUUGCAGCUUCUGAAAAUUAGUUUAAAGAGAAAUAGAUUGCCCAAUGCUUUGUAAACUAAGAAGAGCUACUCCCUAAGCAGAGCAACCCUACCAUGACUUUCCUAGCUCAAUGUUGUAUUGCUUAAGCAUUGGCUGUAACUCUAACAAUCGUCUGGUGGAUGACUGCGACAGGUUUGGGGUUUUUUUAAUCUGUUUCUGGUUUUGACUGUUCUCAAAGAAAUGCUUGUGUUCAGUCUGUAGCUUCUUUUUCUUCUCCAGUUGUGGAAUGGUUUAGCUUUAUGCUACUAAUAGAAAUAUUUUUCUUAAGGUUAUAAGUCUGUUUGACAGCACAGGGUACUCAAAGUGGGGAGUAUUUGGCCUUGGUCAUCACUACUGUGGGUGAAUAUGAGAAGGCAGACUGGAGGGCUAUCUUAACAUCCUUGCCUCUCUAUAACAAAUGGGUUAGGCUGGUGCCUAUUUUUUUUGUGCAUUUCUGAUUUGUACUUUGGUUUGGGUUGGUUUUUUUUUUUUGCCAUUCCUUCAAAAUUCUUCUGCUCCCUGGGAGGGAUACAUUGGUGAGCAGCUGGUGUCUCCAACUUUAAGUAGCCUGCUGUUGUCCUGGUUUCCUUGGGAUGAGUGUUUAUCUUUCAAUGGGCUUAGGGGAGUUACCUCUCUUCACUGACAAUGCAGCCAAUUGAGACAGGCAAUGCUGACCAUGGAGUCAGCGUGACAGGCAAGUGGAGGAGGGUUGGUUGGAGGCUGAGGUGUACCACUUGUGAGUGAAUACUGCCACACUCUUUGUCUUUUCAUUUGUUGGUUUUUGGGUUUGGUUUGGUUUUUUUUUUUGUACAUGAAUAAAAAGAAAAAGCAUAUUUUGC